CGUAAAUAUUACGCUUAUCAACAAUGAAGAACUAGUUGUUUACACACACACAAGUAUUGGCAACUUGCCAAAUUGGUGUCGUCACAAAAAACGUAAAGUUCAAGAAAUCUGAUAUUACUGACUUCAUACGACAGCCGUGAUCACCAAACAAUAGUAAUAACAUGCAAAGGUUAGUGUGUGUUUUCCCCUUGUUAUCUCACCAUCACGUGCAGUUUCAAAGCUAAUUCCUUAUAAGAUUUAAGUAAUCCGGCUUUCCUGAAACCCCACUUGUUCAACAGAGAUGAGGACUGACCGAACAAAAUGCGUCUUGUUUCUGACGAUCGUGCUCGUGGCUUUAGCAGCUUUGGUCGCAAUCAUUAUCUACGUUAACGCAGUUCGAAAAAGUUACAAACUUCGAGUGGACUGUCUCCCAGACCCCGACCCUACGUACAAGAAAUGCAUGGACAGGGGAUGCUUGUGGAUUACUCCUAUAGAGGACGUCGAGCCAUCAUGUUUUUUUCCAGUUGGUUAUGGUUACCGCCAAGUUACGGAUGUCAACAGAACAAGGAACAGCGAGAUUGUAGAGCUCGAACGUAUCGACCCAAAAUUGACUGUUUUCGGUGAUGAGAUCAAUAAAAUACAUCUAGAAGUUUUCUAUGAAACGGACACCAGACUGCGCUUUAAGGUAAAUAUAUAUUUUUCUAUAUUAUGGCUGAAGCAUUUAAGACAGAAUCUUCGAAAUUUCGGUGCUUUCAGCGAAGAACAAGGGAAAGGGUUUCAUCAAGAAAACAGGGAAAUGGGAAG